AUGUUGAAAAUAUCGUUGCUAGGUCUUUUCGUGGGACUGAUUCUGAACAUUUCAGUGAGCGAUGUAAAUGCGAAAAUAGUGCAAAGAAUAGUCGGUGGUAAUUUAGCUCAACAGGGAAGAUUCAAACAUCAAGUAUCUCUGCAAAUCAUCAGCCCUUAUGGUUGCACUCAUCAUUUUUGCGGUGGUGCCAUACUCGAUGAGGACUACAUUAUCACGGCCGCCCAUUGCGUCACUAACAAUGUCACUCGCAAGCUAGACGAUGCAUCGAUUACCGUCGUAGCCGGUUCGACGGAUCUACGUGACAAAACUACCGGUAUUUAUCGCGACGUCGAGUACACCAUUAUACCUACCUCUUACACGAAGAACCUUCUCGGACAGUUUAAUGACGAUAUAGCACUGUUAAGGUUAAGACGUUCUUUGCCUCUCAACGAUGAACGCAAAAGAAUAAGGGCUGUCAAUUUACCUACGGUCAAUCAAUAUCUGCCAGACUAUACUGAUACACGAUUCGCAACUGUGAGUGGUUUUGGAAGUUUCUCACAAAGUAAGAACCCGGAAAAUGGCAAAGUAAAGUCGGGAUCGAACAGUCCGCAGUUAAAGUACGCAGCUGGAUGGAUUAAUCAGAACGAUUAUCCUCCCUGCACAGAUAAGCAAGUCUGUGUUCGAAACUUUCAGUCGCAUGGGGCAUGUCAUGGCGACAGCGGUGGUCCACUCACGGAUGAAUCAAAAAAUACCCUGGUUGGUCUUGUAAGUUACUCAAGUCAUGCAUGGUGCGGAGAUACGACCAAAUACACUAGAGUUUCGUCCUACCUAGACUUCAUCAACAAAGUACGGGCAGGUGGUUGGUUCUCCUCUGAUGACAUUAUUAUGAAUCAAAAGGAGCAGGAUUUCAGACAUGAACAAAUUAUACAGAGGUAUCCUCAUUGUGAUCAGUUAUCCGAAUAUUGA